AUCGAAGCAUAUGCCAUUACGUGAGUGACUCACCAUCUAAAUACCUCGCACCUUCUCUCUCUCUAUCUAAUCUAAAUCAAACAGAAAUACAUAAAUUUAGCCAUGGCGAAAUCUUCAUCUCUGGAACAUGAUUUUUUCGCCAUGGAUAAAGGAUCUACUGCUCUCCCACCGCCCACCGCCGCCCCCGUUUUUCAGCGCAGAAGAAGUUUUCGAGAUAUACAAGGUGUUAUAACGAAGAUGAAUCCGGAGGUGGUGAAGAGCGUGAUUGGGAAUGGCGCUUUUGCGAGUCCUUCUCCCAAACUUAGCCUGCGGUGUGGGGGUGAUGACAAUAGAGCUCCAAUGACCAUUUUCUACAAUGGAAUGGUUUCUGUAUUUGACGUCUCUCCACGCAAGGCACAAGAUAUUCUCAAAGUGGCUGAUCAAAUGCUUCCUUCUAAAUCGCCCCAAAACUUGGACUCCAAUUCUAAUGGUGAAACAAAUUUGCUGGAAUCUUUCAACGGAGAUUUGCCCAUAUCAAGGAAAAAUUCUCUGCAAAGGUUUCUGCAGAAGCGAAAGGAAAGGGUUGAACAUUGAUGAAGAAGUAAUAACAUUAUCGUGCAAAACUUAAGGUCGACAAUUCUGUUUAAUGCUAUGUGUGAGACAGAGGAGGAGUUCCUAUAUAUUUCUAGUAGUUGUUAAAACCGAAGCACUAAACAUGUGAUAAAAUUGGAAUUUUAAAUUGGAAGUCAAUUAAAUAGUAAAGCAAGUGACCACGUGGGUCAAAUGUAAUUAACGCGGUUUUGAAUUUGAAUGCAGGCUAAUUACGGGGUACCCAUACUAAGAUGGUUGCUGUGGAAGGAAAAAAACAAAAAAAAUACAUAAUUAUUUAUUCUAAUUACUACUUUGAAUCUUUGGUGGUUGGAUCCGCAAGAAGCACGUUUUUAGGUAUUAGUUUCGUCGCACUUUCAUGGGUUGGCUUUUUUCUGCGCCAAUUUGUUGGCUGCAGUUUCUUGGUUUAGUCAUGUUCAUAGUGUGGAAUGCUACGACCACUUUUUUUAUUUUAUUACUAGUAGAUUACUACUAUUAAAUUACAAUAUUGUUUGUGCAGUGUAAUUUCUUGCAAUUGACUUUAGUGUGUGCUAUAAAUAUGAUGAACUGAUAUUUGCCAUCUA